AUGAGAGUGAACAACUACAUAACAGAAAACGAUUUAAGUAUGAUGAACCACGACACAGCCACAAAAUUUUAUAGACAAAUUAGUAGCCCAAUGAAAUUCAACAAACAGAUCUUCAACAACAAAACAUUGAACAGAUACACAGUCAACAACCCAAAAGCAUCAAAACUCAACGCACAGAUAAAAAUACAUGAGGAAAACGAACCUAUAAGACCGGUUAUCAAUUUCACCAAAGCACCUUCAUACAAAAUUUCAAAAAUCAUAGCCGAUGAACUAAAAGACAAAAUCAACAGAAACAACAACCACAGCGUCAAAAAUUCAAUGGAACUCACAGACAGAAUAUCAACGCCAAAUGUCAGCACGAACACUAAACUAUUCUCAUUCGACAUCAAAAACAUGUACCCCAAUAUACCGAUCAACGAAAGUAUAUAA